CUCCCACCCUUUUCUUCUUUAACCUCCUCCCCCGGCCAUGCCCAUCAUUUUGACUCUCGUUUGUUUCGAAUCUCAUUCCUUCCCCCUUUUUUUCUCUCUAUCGUGAACAGGGCAGCCAUGGCGGCUGUUGAACUAAUGAUGGAUUACAGACGAGCUAAUAACAGUCCCAGCUUCGCCAAGAAACCCGAAGAGAGUGCACUGGCGAAAGAAGCUGCUUCUGGGCUUGAGAGCGUCGAGAAGCUCAUCCGAUUGCUGUCCCAGAGGCCGCCGGAAAAUCAAGAAAGUUCCUCCGGGGAGAUCGAAAUGGUCGCCGGCGUUGCUGUCGAUAGGUUCCGGCGAGUGAUUGAUCUUUUGGGUCGGACCCCAACGGGCCACGCCCGGUUCCGGCGAGCCCCUGUUCGUUCGACGCCGGCGAGAGAAGCCGCCGCCGGCGACACCAGAGUCUACAACCCGACGCCGAUUCAGCACGUCCUUCCUCCGGGGUGCGAUUACACCGUCCUCGAUCUCCCUCCGGCGCCGAGAAAGGACUGCGUGGUCUCCGCCGCUGCCGGGAAAUCGAUUAGUUGUUUCCCCUGCUCGCCGGAGAUUUCCCGGGCCAACUCGUGGAACAUAUCGUCGUCGUUGACGGGGGAGGCCGAGAGCAAGCAGGCUUCGUCUUCCUCUGCUUUUCCGAUGACCACUCUUUCUCUGGGAUCCUCCGCCGGAAGGCCUCCUCUGUCAUCGUCUUGUUUGAAGAGAAGCUGCAGCCUCUCGGAGAAUAACUUUUCCGGCAAGUGCAGCGGCUCCUCCGGCCGAUGCCAUUGUUCAAAGAAAAGGAAGCUAAGACAGAAGAGGACGAUCAGAGUUCCAACAACAAGCUUGAAGAUGUCAGACAUCCCAGCUGACGAUUUCUCAUGGAGGAAAUAUGGACAAAAGCCCAUCAAAGGAUCUCCACAUCCUAGGGGAUAUUACAAGUGCAGCAGCGUGAGAGGGUGUCCGGCGCGUAAACACGUGGAGAGAGCACCGGACGAUCCGACAAUGCUGAUUGUCACCUACGAAGACCAACACAACCACUCCCGCCUCCCUCCCCCUUCUCACACAAACUCUUCAAUUCUAGACUCCAUCUUAGAUUCUUAACUAGACCACCUUCAUGUUCAUGGCAUGGCGUGAGGCUAGCUAGUUAGCAUAGCAAUUAAGCAGAUGAUGAUGGCUUUAAUUAAUUGCUCUGUACACAAUUAAGGAUUUUGCCUCACAAGUAUGUUGUGUGGAUGGCCUCACAUUGAUGUGUUUCUACUUCUUAAUUAAUCGAAUUGGAGCUAAUAAAGGCGGUCAAGGCUGAUGAUGCCUUCAAUAGAUAAAAUGAUAUGGCCUGGUCUCUGUGUCGUCGUUCAAAUUCAAGAACCCGGGCAGGAUAUCAAUA